AUGUGCGUCAAACCGUCCGUCAAGCAGUCCAUCGAGCCGUGUGCCGAGCCGUUCGUCGAGCAGACGGUUGAGCCGUCCGUCGAGCCGCUCGUCAAGCCGCUCGUCGAGCCGUGCGUUGAGCCGUCUGUCGAGCCGCUCGUCGAUCGGUGCGUCGAGCUGCUCAUCGAGCCGUGCGUCGAGCUGUCCGUCAAGCCAUUCCUCAGUACGGGAGGCAGGGCGGGCGGGCAGUGCAACCGCUGCCUCCGCGCGAAUCGGACGCGCGUGUUUUGUGCCCAUUCUGAUACUGUGUUGUUCUAUGCCGUUCAGUUCAAUUAUUUCAUUUGUAAAGGAUUUUUUAAGAUACCCGUGUUUGUAGUUCACAAUAAAAAUAUUCUAUUUUCUAUCUCC